CAACGCUCUCUCUCUCUCUCUCUCUCUUUAAUUCGGCCGUGUAGAAAGAAGCUUCAUUUUCAUCACUGUUUUCUUCUCCCAAAGGGCUUGGAAAGAUGAGCUUAAAGGUUGAAGAAACUGAAAGCUGAUCGGUGGAAACUCAAAAACCCCUGAGCUUCUUCUUCUUCUUCUUCUGCUACUCCCUACUUAAUUCUCAUGGGGAACACAAUACCCAAAAGCUGUCAUAAUCCCAUCUUCUUCUUUCUCUAUCUCUUUCUGUUGAUACAACAUUCAUCGUCCUCUCUGCAGCAACGACAACACGACGACCUCCAUGAAACCCACCUUCUCUUAUCCUUCAAAUCCUCCAUUUCUAAACAAUCAACCUUUAUCUCCAACUGGAAUCCCUCUCUUCCCACCUGCUUAUGGAAUGGGGUCACAUGCAACAACCCCACCAUCUCUAAUUUCACUAACAUCACUGCCAUUAACCUCUCUGCUCAGAAUAUCACCGGUGUACUUCCCGAUUCUCUUUUUCGAUUACCUUACAUACAAUCUCUCGAUCUCUCCGACAAUCAACUCGUCGGAGAACUCCCUCCGACUAUGUUCGCUCUCGCCUCUUCUUCGCUUCUGCAUUUGAAUUUGAGUAAUAAUAAUUUCACCGGCACACUUCCCACCGGCGGUGUUUCUAGGCUCCGAACAUUAGACCUAUCCAAUAACAUGAUUUCGGGUUCGAUUCCGGAAGAUUUUGGAUUGUUUUUUGAUCGUCUUCAGUUUCUCGAUCUGGGUGGGAAUGGUUUAAUGGGGGAGAUUCCGAAUUCUGUUGUGAAUCUUAGUUCGUUGGAGUUUCUAACGUUGGCGUCUAAUAAAUUGAGUGGGGAAAUUCCGCGGGGAUUGGGAGGAAUGAAGAAAUUGAAGUGGAUUUAUUUGGGUUAUAAUAAUCUUUCAGGGGAAAUUCCUGAAGAACUUGGUGGAUUGAUUUCUUUGAAUCAUCUUGAUCUUGUGUACAACAAGUUAACAGGGGAAAUUCCAGAGUCUUUUGGGAAUCUUACUCGACUUCAGUAUCUGUUUCUUUAUCAAAAUGGUCUCACAGGUACAAUUCCUCCUUCGAUUUUCAGUCUUGUGAAUCUGAUUUCUCUUGAUAUUAGUGACAAUUCUCUCUCCGGGGAGAUUCCAGAGCUUGUAAUUCAAUUGCAGAAUUUGGAGAUUCUGCAUCUGUUUGGUAAUAAUUUCACGGGAAAAAUUCCGAAGUCUUUGGCUUCUCUGCCUCGACUGCAGAUUCUUCAGUUAUGGUCCAAUGGAUUUUCCGGCGUAAUUCCGGAGUUACUUGGAAGAAACAACAAUCUCACCAUUCUCGACGUUUCAACUAAUUUCCUUACAGGAAAAAUUCCAGACGGGCUGUGUGAUUCUAAACGUCUUUUUAAGCUCAUCCUCUUCUCCAAUUCUCUCACCGGCCAAAUCCCACGGAGUCUCUGUUCUUGCCAGAGUUUACAGCGUGUUCGCCUCCAAAACAACCGUCUCUCCGGUGAAUUGUCUCCAAAAAUAUUUACGAAACUGCCACUAUUGUACUUUUUAGAUAUCUCCGACAACCAAUUUUCCGGCAGAAUCGACAGCAACAAAUGGGAUUUGCCGUCUCUACAGAUGAUGAGUUUAGCGAGAAACAAAUUCUCGGGGAACUUGCCGGAAUUCGUAAGAAACGACAAAAUCGAGAGUCUGGAUUUCUCGGGAAAUGAAUUUUCAGGUUCCAUCCCUAAGAAUAUCGGAAGCUUAUCAGAACUAAUGGAACUUAACUUAAGCAACAACAAUCUGGACGGUGGAAUCCCAAGUGAAGUAUCUUCAUGUAAGAAGCUCGUUAGUUUGGACAUAAGCCAAAAUCAACUAAGCGGCGAAAUCCCAGUAGUUCUCACACAAAUUCCCGUCCUUAGCUUCCUUGACUUAUCAGAAAACAAAUUCUCCGGCGAAAUCCCACCGGUUUUAUCCCAAAUUCCAUCACUCGUUCAGAUAAACAUUUCCCACAAUCACUUACACGGAACAUUACCAGCGACAGGAGCAUUUCUGGGUAUAAACGCAAGCGCCGUAGCCGGGAAUGAUCUUUGCAGCAACGAGAUAAUAAGCACAACCAAAUUACCGCCAUGCAAAACGCAUCAUUACAACAACUUAUGGUGGUUUAUGAUGGUAUUAGGCGUUGGCGCGUUAUUGAUUGGGACAGGAGUGUUGAUUACAAUACGUCGACGUAAAGAACCAAAAAGAGUCAUAGUAGAAAACAACGACGGAAUAUGGGAGGUGAAAUUCUUCGAUUCCAAAGCUGCAAAAUUAAUGACGGUGGAGGCGAUUGUAUCGCCGCCGCCGCCGUCGUUGUCGGAGAUUCAAUUCGUGGUGGAGAAAGACGAGGAGAAGUGGAGAGUGGAAGGGAGUUUUUGGAAUGAGGUUGAGGAAUUAGGGAGGGUUAAGCAUUUGAACGUUGUGAGGUUGUUGGGGUCGUGCCGGUCGGAAAAAGCUGGGUAUUUGGUUCGUGAGUAUGUGGAAGGAGGAGUUUUGAGUGAAAUGGUUGGGAGGUUAAGCUGGGAACGACGUCGUGAUAUCGGUAUCGGAAUUGCGAGGGCUAUGCAGUAUUUGCAUCGCCGGUGUUCUCCGGGAGUAAUUGCGUCAAAUUUGUCGCCGGAGAGGAUUAUUGUCGAUGAGAAAUACCAACCACGGCUCGUUAUUGGAUUGUCCAAGACCACUAUUUCUUCGCACUAUUCCGCCCCCGAGGUUAAGGAAUGUCGAGACGUGACAGAGAAAAGUAAUGUAUACACUUUGGGAGUUAUUCUCAUCCAAUUGCUAACCGGAAAAGAACCACUCCAUCGCCAACACCUGGUUGAAUGGGCUCGUUACUGCUAUUCUAAUUCUCGUAUCGACACGUGGAUUGAUGGCUCGAUCAUCGCUACCGACCCGAAACAGAUUGUUGGGUUUAUGAACUUUGCUCUCAACUUCACCGCAUCCGACCCCAUGGCAAGGCCGUCCUCACACCAAGCUUACAAAGCCCUACUCUCUCUUUUUCGGACCACUUGCUCUUCUAAGCUUUGCUACAUCUAGCCUUUUUUUUCUCAAGUUAAAAUUUGGAAUUUUCAUUUUUUUUUUGUUUUAAGUUUUUAAGGGUAUUAUUUACAAAUAUUGUGACCUAAGAAGCUAAUGUUUUUGUUUGGUUAUGUAGUAUGUUUUUUGACCCUAUAGUAUAAUAUUAGUGAAAGAGUGUGUGUAAAGUAAAAGUACUGUAGAUAUAUGUUAUAAUGUCAAUGUUAUGAUCACUUUAAUUAUAUAUAAAAUUUACUGUGUUCUCUACCUCAA